AUGGGCGCCAUUGAAGAAAAGACAAGAGCUGAAGUGAAGGCGCUUGGAUGGAAAAUAAAGGAAAUGUCCGUUGAUAUGCGUAUCUUCUCCCUUACAAUGAAGUCCCUUUAUGCAGAGAAAGCCGUUGGCACCAAUGUCGACCUUGCAAAAAUAUUGAGGAAACUACGUGACGAGUCAAGAGACGACGCCAUAGUUUAUCUCAAAGGCAUCCUUCCAAUUUUCUCCAAGUUCGUGACUUUAAUAAGCGAUUACUUUGAGUAUUAUGAAGCACUGGAUUUGGACCAAUGGUGUGACAUGAUCGCAGACAUCCUUGCAGACACAGUUGGCUACAGACAACUCUGCGAAGCACUGCUGAAGAUGCAUGAAGACAUCCUGGUGCCUCUUAAGCAGAGGAAAGACCAAGCAAUGCUCAUGAUCACGGAGUUUAGAGAUCUUAGAGAAGAAUAUGAAACGCAGAGAAAUGACUUGGAGGCGGCAGCAAAAACCAAACGCAGAUGGGCAUUGGGACUUCGUUGGACUCCGGAUGUUAACCUGAUUGCAAGUCCCUUGCUGACAGCCGGAGCAGAUUCGGAUUUGGCAGAGGUAGUUGCUAUGGGCAAGCAAGCACAAAUUUCAGAAGUGGCGUCAAUCACAGUCGUUGAAAUCCUAAUCUUCGCUCUUGAAAAACUUAUAGAUGACCUAAGAAAGGGAGCAGGAUCCUUCUCAGCAAUGGAACAGGAAUUGCGCAAGCUUGAAUGCAAAGCCGAGAAAUCCCAGAGCAGUCCUAAACAGCUUUAUUACAAAGUGAUGAACAAGGAAGCACAGGGCAUGAAGUCUAUCUGCCAAAUCUUCAAUGCAGUUCUCCCAGACGUUAGGGCCGACUUCCUGGCUAUCUCUCAAGAUGGAACAAACCAGAGUUAUGUCGCUAAAUGGCUAGCGCAGCAGAAGAGAACAAUCCGUGAAAAAUGCAGCGUGCCAAAGCUUGUCCAAAGAUUAUUGGAAGCCACUAUUGACUGA